AUGGAAGAUUUAAAAUGGUAUGAAAAAGGAUGUUUAGAUUCUAAUGAAUCAUCUGAUAGUGAUGGUUUACAGUUAGAUUAUGAUAAUUUUUCAAGUAAUUUCGGGUUAGGUCAUGAUCUACAAUCAUAUAAUGAGAGCUUACAUACUUCCCGACAACAAAAUUCUUCAAUUGAUUAUUUAGAUGCAUCUCAACAGAGUGAUUAUUUGUCAAGCCCCCAACAAAAAUCUCAUAGUGAUUAUUUAUCAAACCCUCAACAACAAUCACAAAGUGAUUAUUUAUCAACCCCUCAACAACAAUCACAGAGUGAUUAUUUGACAAACCCCCAACAAUCACAGAGUGAUUAUUUGUCAAACCCACAACAACAAUCACAAAGUGAUUAUUUGCCAAACCCACAACAAUCACAGAGUGGCUAUUGGGCAAAUUCUCAACAAUCACAGAGUGAUUAUUUGUCAAACCUCCAACAAUCACAGAAUGAUUAUUUGUCAAACCCACAACAAUCACAAAGUGAUUAUUUGUCAAACCCCCAACAAUCACAGAAUGAUUAUUUGUCAAACCCUCAACAAUCACAGAGUGACUAUUUGACAAACCCACAACAAUCCCAGAGUGAUUAUUUGUCAAACCCACAACAAUCCCAGAGUGAUUAUUUAUCAACCCCUCAACAAUCACAAUGUGAUUAUUUGUCAAACCUCCAACAAUCACAGAGUAAUAAUAUGUCAUACCCUCAACUGUCACAAAUAUUCACUGCCAUAUGUAAUAACAUUUUGGAUACUACUGCUGUUAUUGAUAUGAUUGAUUCAUCAAAAAGCAAUAAAGUCCCUAAAUUUAACAAAAAAAAUGAAAAAGAGUUAUUGCGAAGGAAUGAUCCUACACAAGGGGCAAACGUUCAUCAGGAUAAUAUAUAUCUAAAUCCACCAAAUAAAAAACUCAAAAACUCUGAUCAAAAUAACUAUAACCAUAACCUGGUUGUAAGUGUACCAAGAGAGAAAGAAAAAUUAAGAACUGAAGCUGUAGAAUUACUUAGGAGUUAUGAUAUAGAAGUAAAUGAACACUUUAAUUUUCCAGAACAGUCAUGGGGUAAUAAAGAAAUGAAUUUUUCUUUAGAAAUACCAAGUACUGUAAAUACUAUCCGAGCAUCAUUAAAGAAGGUUGUUGGCCCAGAAAUCAAUUCACCUAUAAAGAUUGAAAUCAAGUAUUCAGGUAUAGGUGAUUGGUUUAUUGGUUGUCUUACAGUUAAAGCUUACAGCGGUACAUAUUACCUUAAAAUUAAAUACCCGGAUAAAACUAUCAUAUAUCCAAAUAUCCAAUUUAUAUCCAACUGUGAAAAAUGUAUACCUCCAUCUUUUUACCAAUUGAGAUACCACAAUAACAAGUUUUAUGCAUUCAGCUCUUUUUUAAAAGCAAAACCAAAAAAAUCCGAUACAUCUAAAAGGCCACCAGUGGUGAUCUAUAAUGAAAAUGAAAUCGAAUGUGAAUAUGGUACCACAUUUGGUGAAACCCCACUAUUUAUUUCAUUCCCAGUACCAAAUGGUUUAACAAACCCAGAGAAUACCCCUCUAAGUGCCUUUAAAUUUUACUAUAAAAGUAAUAAUAAUAAAUAA